AUGAUCUCCUUCAUGGACUACAUGGUCCUUGCCUUCGGCACGGCAACCGACUGGAAUCCGGACAACAGCUACUCCUUCUUGACCGCGACGUCUGACGCCCUGCUCUCGUUUGAUACGCCGCGCACACUGUCUCUGCAUGUCUCGUCGCUCAGCAGCAACAAUUUCGCAUCCUCGUAUACACUGUCAACUCUCGGCCAGAUCGAUGGCUCAAUAUCCUAUCUGUACAGCAGCCAUCCUCUGGGCUACAUACCUGCCCAAAGCACAAGCAUACCACUCCGGAAUCUCGUUCGCGGAUAUAGGGAUCUGCGCGUACCCAAGCUUCCAGACACAAGCUGGUGGAAUGUACCAAACGGAAGGAAGCCUACACUACUUUAUGCGCGCCUGGCCCUACCACCGCCAACAGUUCUCACAGCCGUGUACGCAAGGAGGAUUAGCCCAGAAACACUCCUCAGCCUAUCACUGUACAGCAAGUCAACCGCAAGCUCGAAUUCAAGCGCACAGCUAAACAACGGCAACGGCACACCACCAGCGUCAGUACUCACCCACCUCCAGCACGAUACCGGCCGCUACUCCAUAGAAGGCCUCCUCUCCACCGACAGCGCCCUCCUGGGCUGUCGCGGCCUGUACAACUUCGGUCUUGAUCCACCCGAAGACCUCGUCGCCAAGGACCGCCUCCAAGCCUACCGCAAUCGCCUGUCCUCCAAACCUUCCCUUCUCUCAGCCGGCGCCGAGUUCUACUACAGCCCCUUCUCCCACGUCAUCGGUAUGUCAACCGGCCUGCGCUUCACCACUCUUGCACCACACAUCACGCCCGGCCCAUCACAGUCUCUGACUAAGGGCAAGCCGCUAGCCGGCACAGCCGCCUCCCUCCUCUCACCAGCAAACCUCUCCCAUUCCUCUUUCCCCUACACCAUGACACUCACCCUGAACCCGCUGGUUGGCGGCAUCGCCUCCACCUACUCCGUCCGCCCAACUCCAAACCUGGCGCUCAGCUCCCGCUUUGACUUCAACUUCUACUCCUGGGAGUCGCGAUACGUCUUCGGCGCGGAAGUUUGGCGCGGAUCGACCCGCAGUAGCAGUAGUCCAGAUGACCCGGUCCAUUGGGCGAGGAAGCGUGCGCAAGGCUGGUUCAGUCCCGAGGAGCAGGCUCUUAAGGACGAGAGGUUUGAAAGGGAGAACGAGAAUGUGGUCAAACUGCGGGUGGAUGACGGGUGGAACGUGAAGGCGCUGUGGACGGGGAGGGUCAAGGCGCUGUUGGUGAGUUGUGGAGUGACUGUCAGUCCGAGUGGAGUGGUCAGGAAGGGUGAUCAGGAUGGGGUGGGGAGACCUUGGAGUGGGAAGGUUGGGGUCAGUCUCGCUUACUCGACGUGA